AUGGUGCAAGUUCAAGUCCAGCCUGACUUAGAAGGCUUGAAGUCCUAUGUUCAAGAAAAUGAUGAGUCCGUGAACAUGUAUCCGGUUUUCUGCUAUCUUCCAGCAAUGGAUCUAACACCCCACAUGGCAUAUUUGAAGCUUGCCCAGAUCAGUGAGCCCAACAGGAAAAAGUCUUUUCUUUUGGAGAGUGCCACUUCUGAUAACACUUUAGGAAGGUACUCAUUUUUGGGAACAGGUCCUCGCAAGACUGUAAAGACUGGACCAACUGAAAAUUCAGAGGUCGAUCCACUUCUUGAACUUGAAAAGGAACUCAGCAGUUACAAAUUGGCGGAAAAUGUCCCAGGUUUGCCAAAACUAAGUGGUGGAGCUAUUGGGUACGUGUCAUACGACUGUGUCAAAUAUUUUGAACCCAAGACCAAACGUCCUCUCAAAGACGUUCUGGGUCUACCUGAAUCCUGUCUGAUGUUCUUCGACACUAUUAUUGCGUUUGACCAUGUUUACCAGAGGUUUCAGAUCAUUCAUAACAUCAAUCUGCAAUCAGUCGACUCAUUGGAGAAAGGCUACCAAGAAGCCGAGAAAAUCAUUAAAGAUGUCGUGACUGUUUUGGAAGAUCCAAACGUUUCUGAUAAUGUUGUUCAAAGCAAAAUCAAGCUGAACCAAGCGUUCACUUCCAAUAUCGGCGAAGAUGGAUACAAAAAGCAUGUAGCCGAGCUGAAGCGCAACAUCAAGCUUGGUAACGUCAUCCAAGCUGUUCCAUCCCAACGCGUUGCUAGACCCACUUCCUUGCAUCCAUUCAAUAUCUACAAGCAGCUCAGAAUGGUAAAUCCAUCGCCGUAUCUUUUCUACAUCGACCUGUUGGACUUUCAAGUGAUUGGGGCCUCACCAGAACUAUUGUGCCAAACCGAUGCUCAAAAUAAGGUUAUCACGCAUCCAAUUGCUGGUACCGUAAAGCGUGGAUCCACGCCAGCUGAGGACGAUGAACUCGCUGACAUGCUCAGAAAUUCUAUGAAAGACCGGGCUGAGCACGUUAUGUUGGUUGAUCUCGCUAGAAAUGACGCCAAUCGUGUGUGUGAUCCGCUCACCACCAACGUCGACAAAUUGCUAACAGUACAAAGAUUUUCUCACGUUCAGCAUCUUGUGUCCCAGGUUUCUGGUACUUUACGUAAAGACAAGACCCGAUUUGAUGCCUUGAGAUCAAUUUUCCCAGCUGGUACGGUGAGUGGAGCUCCUAAGGUAAAAGCGAUGGAGCUGAUUAGCGAAUUAGAGGGCGAAAAAAGAGGUGUCUACGCUGGUGCUGUCGGUCACUGGUCUUACGACGGGAAAUCCAUGGAUACGUGCAUAGCUCUGAGAACCAUGGUGUACAAAGAUGGCGUGGCCUACUUGCAAGCAGGUGGAGGCAUCGUUUUCGAUUCUGAUGAGCAGGACGAAUACGAAGAGACUCUGAACAAAAUGAUGGCUAACAACAGAACCAUUGUGCAAGCAGAAGAAUUCUGGGCUACAAAAGUAGGUACCGAGGAAUAA